CAGUCUCUCUUUAACGACCCCCUGGGCUGUUGCUUUUGCAUUUCAUUACACUUACUCUUGUUAGACUCAUGGGGAUGGAUGUCGUUGCAUGAUUUUCACUCACCAAAUUUUGAGAAAUGGCUUCCCAGCCGGGCCCUGUGAUGGAGUUCCUUGGUCGAGUGGCAUAUGAACUUCAUCUGAUGCGACCCCUUUUCCCUACUUACCUCCAUCUCCUGGUCUCAGCAAUCUUCCCAAUCUACACUGCAGCUCACGCUUCUCUGACACGACCGCCAUGUGCGGCUCCGGAAAAGGGAGAACGAAAGCGGGUGCGUGACGACGUUGGUGAUGACGAUGAAGAACUUGAUUCACGCACGAUCGAGACAUUGACCCCGUCAGAUGCAUUGCUAUUCCCCUUAUUGGCCGGUGCGACAUUAGCGUUGCUAUACUUCAUUCUGAAAUGGCUUCAGGACCCGGCUUGGCUGAACUGGUGCCUGGGACUAUAUUUCUCCCAAAUAGGACUCUUCUUCGCAACGAGAUUUUUAAAGGACGCCUUCUCUUUGCUGCGAUCCUUUUCACUCCCAACGAGCUAUUCGGGUGCCGGUCAAAUAUGGAAGGUCGAUCAGAAAGCAAGAUGCUUCAUAUCAAACAGCGGACAAAUCAGUCAAUCGCCACUCCCGGGUUGGCUUCGUCAUCUCCCCCUUCCAAGCCCCAUCAGUCGACGUAUAUGGACCCUCCGCAAAGGCUUGUAUUUGAAAGCGCAACUGGAUUUCCGCCUGCACCGUAUACUUGGUGUAAAAACAUCUGUGGAUCUUCUGGGCGUGGUCAGCCUUAGCCUCGCAUCCGCAUUGGUCUAUGUCCAUACCUUCAUCGCGAAGCCAUGGUAUUUGACAAAUUUCUUGGGGUUUUCUUUCUGUUACGGUUCUCUUCAAUUUAUUACACCUACUACUGCCUGGACGGGGACAUUAAUCCUCGGUGCACUCUUCUUCUACGACAUCUACUUUGUUUUCUUCACACCAAUGAUGGUGACGGUGGCAACUAAGCUUGACGUCCCGAUCAAAUUACUUUUCCCUCGUCCUGAUGGCUGUGUUUACCCAGUAGGAGCGCCGGAAGGAUCACAGGCGAUGGAAGAGUAUCUUCAAUGUCUGGCCAAGAAUCGGACAAUGGCCAUGCUUGGGCUUGGCGACAUCGUGGUGCCAGGCAUGUUACUGGCUUUUGCCCUAAGGUUUGACCUCUACUUGUUUUACCUCAGGCAGAGCAACAGCACUGGAAAUGUGGAACAGGAAGUGUCGGGUGAUAAGAAGCAAACAAGCCCAACCUAUCUGGGCGCGAGGGGCAAGUGGGGAGAGCGCUUUUGGACCGGACGCAGACUCUGGGGCAAAGAGCUCCAAGCAAGAAGUUUUCCCAAGCCGUACUUUUAUGCCACAGCGGUGGGGUACAUCAUCGGCAUGCUUGCAACGGUGACGGUAAUGCAAGUCGCACAGCAUGCUCAGCCAGCCCUUUUGUAUCUCGUUCCGGGUGUUCUGUUGUCAUUAUGGGGCACCGCUUUGUUCAGAGGCGAUCUCAAGCUGCUUUUCGACUAUAGCGAGUCUCCAGAGAUGGAACAGACAAGCAAAGAGGAGAAAGCAAAAGAACCCAAGCAGAACAAAUCCGAAGAUAAGUCAGUCUGCGAUGCUGAACCGGGACAUGACAAAGACGGUGUGGGAGUUGAUGUGGAGCAGAAGCCUGAAGUCCAUGUCCAGAAGACAGGGGAAACCCGCAAAGGCGACAAAGACCAGCUCUGUUUGAUUCAUUUUGCCAUCACACUGCCCAUAGAGCCUUCAGGCUCUGACGUCAAAACGAUAGCUGACGGCACUACACAAGCGCUUUCGCACGAAUCAUGUCCAACCGACAAGAUGGACACAAUACCCGAGAACGUAGAGGGACGAAUCCGAGAUCGAGAGAAUGAAGGCGAGCCGCCGGGGAAGAGGGCUAGGAAGCAGUGAUUAUGAUCAAAAUCGAGUGUGCACGAUGCAUUUGUUUCGGACGGCAUGGACAUGGGCAUGGGCAUGCCUGGAGCAUAGCGAGGACCAGAGUUACGGGCCAAGGGAUGGAUGAACUUUGUGGUCAAGCUCACUACAGUGACUAGAAUUGGUAGCCUAUCUCUUGAGUGGGUUUUGCCAACGAGUUCGCCGAUUGUGAUCAAAACAUGAUAUCACAGCGGGAUGUCGGUUCAAGUACCAGGUUGGUCACUUUUUAAACGCCCAUAUGCUUCUUUCUCUGCCUUUAUUUGUUCAGUUCUUGUGCUUUGGCCCUGAGUUCGUCCUUGGAAGGUGCUUCGGUCGGGAUGUCUGGAGCAUUGCAGUGUAAGUACUAUGAACAUGACCUCGUGACCUGGGGAGACGAAGCUGAGGGACAACAUACCAUCUGAGAUCUGAGGACCCUUGCCUUGAUGAUGAUGAGGCUGAGCCUUUUGAUG